AUGAGGCCUUGGCUCGGGCAUCGCCCUCCGCUCUACCUCUCGCUGCUCUUGUGUCUCAUGCCCCUCAAGCCGGUGCCCGCCGCUGCCGGCCAAGUGCGCCGCUACUACCUUGCGGCGGAUCUUGUGGAGUGGGACUAUGCACCGUCGGGUCACGAUGAGCUCAUGAAACCAAUGCAAGGCGACAAACCCAUGGCCAUGCACGACCCUCCUCCACCCGCAGAUGAGUGCGGCUUUGCACAAAAGGCUCCCACCCCAAUGCAUAUGCAUGAUGAGCACCUUUGGCUCGAUGCCACUCGGACCAGGAUUGGAACCCGCUACACCAAGGCGCUGUAUCGCGCCUACACCAAUGACAGCUUCAGCCAACUCGCCCCAAUUCCCCCCGAAUGGGCCCACCUGGGGGCCCUGGGCCCGGUCCUGCGCGCCCAAGUCGGCGAUACCCUGACCGUGGUCUUUCGCAAUAAUCUCGCCUUUCCCGCCUCGAUACACCCUCACGGUGUUCGCUACGACAAACGCAAUGAAGGCGCCCCCUACAAUGAUGGGCAGAUUGAUUUGGGGGACGUUGUGGAUCCCGGGGCCACUUACACCUACAACUGGCAGCUUAGGUCCCGCCAGAAGCUGGCCCGAGCGCCCUGGACCCUAGCAGCAUUGCGUGGCCGUGAGUACUUCAUGCUGGCUUGGGACAACGAUGCGAUGCGCGCGCGAGCGUCUGAUGCACCUUCCCAUGAUUCGAGAAACGCUAGAUAUCAUAGCCAUGUGAACGAGCCCAUGGACACUGCAGCCGGUCUGAUCGGUGCUAUCAUCGUGACUGCUGUCGGACGAGCCCGCGCCGAUGCCUCUCCAACUGACGUUGACCAGGAGCUCCUCUUGAGUUUCUUCAACUAUGAUGAAUCCAUGUCGCCCAUGCACAUGAUCAACAUUCAGGUGGGCACCACAUCUGCCCACUACAUGCAUCAUCUCAACACAUCGGGAAACUUGUCGACGGACUGCUUGGCCCGGAUCCUGUCCGACAAUGACUAUGCCCUGAGCAACAAAAUGUACGGCAUCAAUGGCCUCGUCUACGGGAACCUUCACCUCCCCACCCUGCGCGUGGGCCAGCGCACACGUUGGUACUUGAUAGCCUUUGGAAACAUGGACGAUAUCCACACACCGCAUUGGCACGGCAACACGGUUCUACACGAGGGCCAUCGCAAAGACGUGCUUCAGCUCCUACCGGCCGCCACGACAGUAGCGGACAUGUCGCCCUACAACAUUGGUUUGUCCUCACCUGCUAAGACUCCCGAGUCAAUCGGAGAGUGGAUGUUUCAAUGUCACGUGCACCAUCACAUUCACGGCGGCAUGUACACCAAAUACGCCGUUGCCGCUGCGGCCAGUCCAACCCACACACCCGUGGGCCAUGGAAAUAGCCGCCCCCGUCCUUCGGUACAGCACUUUGUCGCUUUGAUGUGCACCCGCAACAGUACCAUGCUGUCAGGCUUUGCAUUGGGAGAGAGGCAUCGAAGUCGCAUGUCAGUCGCAACAGCCACCUACAGUCGCGUUAAUCAGGCUUGA